AUGGCUUUGACUCUGUUAAAAAGGGCAUUCAUAUCCAACCCCAAUUCAGUUCGUAACAGUAUAGGAAUAUUUUGUAAUGCUGCAAGAAACCAUUGGAACUUUCAAUAUAAGCCUGGUCCGUAUCCUAAAACUCAAGAAGAACGGGUAGCUGCCGCAAAAAAAUAUGGGUUGACUAUCGAAGAAUAUCAACCAUAUCCAGAAGAUAUGGGAUAUGGAGAUUAUCCUAAGCUACCUGACAUUGGUGCUGACUCAAAAGAUCCUUACUAUCCUUACGACUUACCGGACCUAAAAAGAAAUUUUAAUGAACCAAUGCAUGCAAGUACUGAAAUAAUUGGUGAAGAUCGUUAUGAUAUAAGCAUGAGACCCAGAUUUUCUUUACUCCAUCAAUGGACUUGGUUUUUUGGAGCAAUGGGAGGAAGCAUACUUUUAUUCUUAUUUUUGGAAGAUCAUAAGUUUGGCAGACCAGUUACAGCCAAACAAUAUCCUCAUGAGGGACCACACUAUUUAUUUAAUCCAAAA